AUGCACACGAGUGAAUACGAUUAUCUUUUCAAGCUCUUGCUCAUCGGCGACUCUGGUGUCGGAAAGUCCUGCCUGCUUCUCCGAUUCGCAGACGACACUUACACAGAGAGCUACAUCAGCACAAUUGGUGUUGAUUUCAAGAUUCGAACGAUUGAGUUGGAGGGAAAGACCGUUAAACUGCAGAUUUGGGACACCGCAGGCCAGGAACGAUUCCGCACAAUCACAUCCUCGUACUACCGCGGCGCCCAUGGCAUUAUUGUCGUAUACGAUGUAACCGACAAUGAUACCUUCUCCAACGUCAAGCAAUGGCUCUCAGAAAUCGACCGAUACGCCUCAGAGGGAGUCAACAAGCUGCUGGUUGGCAACAAGUCCGAUCUGACUGGAAAGAAGGUCGUCGAGUACAGCGUCGCAAAGGAAUUCGCGGACCAGCUCAAUAUUCCAUUCCUGGAAACUUCUGCAAAGAACGCAACGAACGUAGAGCAAGCUUUCUUGACCAUGGCCAAGCAAAUCAAAGACCGCAUGGGCUCGACCUCGACCCCUUCUGGAGCCGCCAAAUCGUCGACUGUUACUCCCGGCCAGACUGUCCAGUCCCAGACAGGCGGCGGAUGCUGCUAA